UGUUUUUUUUGAGGGAAACAGAAGACUGUGUUGGCACGACAUUAAGGUGCCUUGACUAGGUAUUCUUGUUUAAAUAUAAAUCUGUACAAUUAAUCCAUUAAUUAUUAUAAUCAAGAAAUUAAUGACAUUCCCACCUUUAUUUUCUCCUCAUUUCCUCCAAAUCUCCCCUCAGAUGUGAUUUCGAAAUCUAAUUCCCAACUCAAAAAAUCAUUCUCAAAAAACUAGUCUAGCCACUUCCGUAAUGACUACUAUUAUCCAAAUUUCCCCCAUCACUCCAAUCCUUCUCUUACUCUUCAUAAGUCAACCUGCGGCUCAAGCUCAGUCGAUCGCACCCCAGCCCAGCUUGAACUCGAUUGCGUCCAAUGACAGGGAUUCUAGUCCAUCCUUGUUGACUAUCUUUUUAAACUUAAUGGCUGCCAUCUUUUUAAUGGGGAUUUUCUGCUUCGCUCUUCGGUACUGCACCGACGACACGUCUACGGACGGCAUUGUAGGUACUAGAAGGGGUUCGGUAAGGCGUUCGUAUCGGGCCACGCGUGGGCUCGAUCUGGCAAUCAUCGACAGCUUCCCGAUCUUCGACUAUGCGGCUAUAAAAUUGGAGAAAAUCGGGAAAGGCGCGCUAGAAUGCGCCGUCUGUUUGAUGGAGUUUGAGGAUAAUGACACUCUACGGCUAAUACCCAAAUGUGACCACGUGUUUCAUCCUGAUUGCAUUGAUCCCUGGCUUGUGGGCCACACCACUUGCCCUCUUUGUCGUUGUAACCUUACUGAGGCGGCUGUUAUCGAAGAAAAACCGACAGUAAACGACGUCGUUGUUGAGGUAAGAGUAGACGAAGUACGAGACGACAACAAUGAGAAUGGAAGCGAGGGGAAUGAAACGAUGGAGCAGCCGUUACACGGGGAAAUGAAUAGGAGCCGUACGAUAAGGAACCUUUCCUUUGGACGGCCAAGAUGGUUGGGUAAAAUAGGGAGAUCUUUUUCAACUGGACACGUGGCGGUAAAACAGUGGGAGAAUAUGGAGAGGUUUACCCUAAGAUUACCGGAGGAAUUACGGAAGCAAAUAAUGAGUGGAAAGUUGGAGAAGACCACUAGUUUGGUUGGUCUUCCUAGAGGAAGUUAUCCAAGUAGAGGCCAGUUCGAGAGUGGCCGGGCCGACCGGUCUAAUCGCCGUGGUUGGUCUGAUUGGUGGGGAUUGUCGUUGGCCUCGCCUUUUUUUACUCGAAACCCGUCUUUGAAAUCACCUAAUGUUGCAGCCACUAAACCGGCCAGGAGCCGAGGUAGAUCAGCUAGCUCGUUGUGUGGUCCUAGCCAAGAGAAUGUGAGUACAAGUCGAGAAGUCUCUUUGCGUGGUGCUAUGCAAACAGAGUUGACUCAGUUGCCUGUCUAAGUUUUACCGAAUCCUUCCUAGAAGGUUUGUCCUUUGCUCGAAUAGUCCUUGAGUACAUUGUUUAUAUUGAGUUGACUAAAAAUGUAUGUAAAUAUUUUUGCUUACCACCAAAAAAAGUUACUCCUAUGUUGAUGUUUUUUUCCCCUAACUUUGAUCGUGGUAAAAAUAUAAUCUCACAUUUUUAUU